AUGCAGCUUCGUCUACCGAUACGGGUGGCCCUCCCGCGGGUCACGGCCGCCCGCCCCGACACCGGACGGCGACUGCUGCUGCCCCUGACGCCCUCUCGCGGCAUCAAGUACGGCUGGGCUACGGCACCGCCACGCUCCAAGCCCCGACGAUUCAACCAGCCCAACACGGGCCUCCCAGUGCUGACGACGGGCCCGGCGGCGGCGCUCAAGCGGCGCGAGAACACGACACCCUACCGCGCGGGCGUGCUGGCGACCAAGAAGGGCAUGACGAGCAUGUUUGUGGGCAAGGUGCGCACGCCGUGCACGGUGCUGCAGCUCGACCAGGUGCAGGUCGUGGCCAACAAGACGCGCGCGCGCCACGGCUACUGGGCCGUGCAGGUCGGGCACGGGUCCAAGAACCCGCGCGGCCUCACGAGCCAGCUGCUCGGCUACUACGAGGCCAAGGGCAUCGCGCCCAAGGCGGACCUGCACGAGUUCCACGUCCGCGACGCCGACGGCCUGCUGCCGGUCGGCGUGCAGCUGCAGCCCGACUGGUUCCGCGUCGGCCAGUACGUCGACGCGCGCGCGCGCUCCCGCGGCAUGGGCUUCGCCGGCGGCAUGAAGCGCCACGGCUUCGCCGGCCAGGAGGCGUCGCACGGCAACUCGCUCAACCACCGCACGAUUGGCACCACCGGCCCCUCGCAGGGCGGCGGCAGCAGGGUGCUGCCCGGCAAGAAGAUGCCGGGCCGCAUGGGCUUUGAGCACGUCACGGUGCAGAACCUCAAGGUGCUCAAGGUCGACAACGAGCUCGGCGUCGUGCUCGUCAGCGGCCCCGUGCCCGGCCCCAAGGGCCGCGUCAUCCAGCUGCAGGACGCAAAGAAGCGCAAGGCCCCCGGCAAGCCGUUCCGCAAGAGCGCGCUGGUCUUGCUCAAGAAGAGGCAUCCCGACGCCGCGGCCAAGCUGCGGGAGGCCAGGGAGACGCACAUGAGGCUCAAGGAGGAGCGCCAGGCACAGAACGCGGAAUUAUAA